AUGAUAUUUGUGAAAUUGGGGUGCGAGCAACAAAAUGAACGCGAUCAGAGGGCACAAAAGCGAGAAUCAGCCGUGAUGGCGUUGCCCGGUCACAUCAACUAUCAGCAAGCGACGAUGGUCUCGAUUCUGGAGCAGUGCGAGAUGCAGUCACAGUCUCNGGCACUGGAACUAUGCCCAUUACAUCCACUCGAACUAUCGGUAUUUAUUCAACUUCUUUCAGCUUCGCAGUCAUAG